AUGGCCGUCUCAUGGUCCAGGUCGCUGCCAUUUGCACUCGUUAUUCUUCUCCUCCUCGCGCUGAUCUUUCACUCUCUAACAGCCAGCGCCCUAUGGACUCUCACGCCCACUAGCUUCUAUCGUUUGAAAUUACCAAGUGGAUCGGAACCUGCAGAGCAAGUCACCGACCCAAAGACACUUUUGCCGCACAUUCCUCCCAAGAUCUGGCAGGUCUCAAUACUUCCCGACAGCAUCGAUUCUCAAGAUCCAAUCCAACCUCCUCCCUACGCAAUCAACUGGCUGUCUCUACAUCCGUCCUUUGCAUACACAAUCGUCAAUGCGGCAGGCGCUUUGGCUGCCGUCGCCCGUCUCGAAAACCUUUUUCUGUCUCAAAAGAAAAAUGUCAACCACCUUAGGCGUGGGGCCCGCAGGAACAUUCAAGGCGAUUUACGCCCAGAAACCUUCAAAGCAACACAGCUAUAUACCGCAAUCGCUCAGCCCGUCAUGCAAGCCGAUUUUGUUCGCUACGCUCUCCUCGCUCUGGAGGGCGGCGUUUACAGCGACUCCGACACAUACCCUCUGCGCCCUCUGCGUGACUGGGUUCCGCAAGAAUUUCGUAAUCACACGCAAGUCAUCGUGGGCAUCGAGGCAGAUUCACAGCCGCCCGUCGAGGGGACGACAUAUCCUGUGCAGUUUGGCCAGUGGACAAUCGCUGGUGCUAAAGGUCACCCAGUGUUUCUGAGAAUGCUCAGACGGAUAUUGAGCGAAGUUCGCUGGAGGACCGAGGGCUUCCCGACAGAUAAUAUUGCCGAACAGAAUAUUCAAGCUGGCUUCACGAAUGAAGACAUAUUGAGGGUGUCAGGCCCAGCAGGUUGGACGGAGGAGAUUUACGAGUAUUUGAGCGACGUGACGGAAACCAGUUUCACAUGGAGAAACCUGACGGGCUUGGAACACCCCAUGUUGAUUCACGAUGUCCUCGUACUACCUAUUGACGGUUUUGCGACAGGAGUACCUCACUCAGGAGCCAGCAUGGAGCCCAGCGACUUGACCAUGGUCAAGCAUGAUUUCUUAGGUUCUUGGAAGCAUCAGGUAUGA